AUGCCGACUGGUAGUGCCUGGACUAUGGAUGAAGCUACCCGUAACAAAUUCCUCAAGAACUACAAGACCCAGGUGGCCUCGGCAACUUCCACUAUCUGCGCGACUCUUGCUGUGACUCCCCUUGAAAAUGUGAAAACUCGCAUGCAAACUCACAACUUCAAGAAUGUGUUUCAGUGUGUCCGCUAUCUCUGGCGUACAGAAGGACCCCGUGGUUACGUUGCUGGAGCGCUGCCACCUUUAGCAAGUGUCACAGCUGUUCGGGUUGUGAACUUCUCUACAUAUAAUGCGGCCAAGCAUCGCAUCUCCGAUUUUUUCGAGAGAAUGACGGGCCAGUCUCCCUUGGCUAUGUACAACCAACCGGGCAGCAGUCCUACUGUCUCUACAUUUGUGACAUUUACUACUGCUGGGCUAUUUGCUGGUCUCAUUACUUCCCCACUUGCAUGCCCCUUCGAACUCGCUAAGAACGUUGUUCAGACCUCAGUCUUAGUGUCAAACCGUGCUCAGGCAUCGCCAGAUGCGGUCAACGAUCCCUCGUUACGUAACAAGCCUCGUCUCGGUACCGUUGAGGCGAUUCGGCAGAUCGUUCAGCGUUACGGAGUCCGUGGCCUGUACACCGGCUUUCAUCUGCACGCUCUGCGCGACACUCUAGGAUCUGGUUUAUACUUCAGUGUUUAUGAAACAGUGAAACAGGUUGCGUCGAAGGAGCUUGGUCCAGACAAAUCCCCAUUCGGCGGUCCCAUGAUCGCCGGGGCGAUUUGCAGCACCGUUCCGUGGUUCUGUACUUAUCCCCUUGAUACCCGAAAGACUCGUGCUCAGAGCGUGUUACUUGGAAAGACCAGUGAAGUCGGGGAGGCGUCGGCGGCGGUUGCCAAGUCCAGUAUGUACAAAGGACUUUCAAUUAUUCUCAUUCGUACUGGGGUGAACAAUAUGAUUUUGCUCAGUAUUUUCGAAUACAUAAAGAUGAAGAUCAAUCAAUUGGAUUGA